AUGGCUCUUGAAGUAAUCGGUGGAAUAGCGAGCAUUCUUCAACUUGCUGGAACUGUCUACACGAUAUCAAAAACUCUCUACGAAGUGGGGGAAGCUUUAUCCAAUGCCCCUUCCGAUAUCAAGGAUUUAGCAAGAGAUCUUGAAACUUUCUCAGAGGAGCUUCGUCUGUUAUCCACACUACUUCACGGUAAAGAUGGUCGCUAUGCAGAUCAGGUGUAUAGGCUUACAGCUAAAAUCAUUGGGGAUUGUGCGACGAUAUGCACGAAAAUCGAUCGAAUUAUCCGAAAAUUGAGAAGUGGCAGUGUUCUGGCCAAAAUUAAAUGGUUGUAUAAAGAAAAGGAAAUUAUGAAGUUGUUGGCGAGACUCCGUGACUUGAAGUUAAGUCUGAUGGGUACAUUGAGUGUAUUGAGUGCACUAAGAGCCGAUAAUAUGAUGGACUCUUUGGGUAUAAAUAACCCCAGUUUGAUUGGAGGCCCGAACAGGCAUGGUCUAUCGACAGAGACACGCAUGCAAGUGGAGGACACGAGACUGAAACUGGCCGGCAUGUCGAUGAAGGAUACUACUGGAGCCUCUUUGGGGUCAAAAACUAUGUUAUCAUCAAGCGCAUCUUUAGUUUCGGGAAACUCAAGCUCAACUUUAAGUACAUCGGCUACAUCGACAAUGCCCAGUGCAACCAGUUUUUCUGCAUCCUCAUUGAUUUCAAUGGCAGUGAUGCCAAAUAGCAUGCCGCCAAUCCUGAACACUCAAGCAAACCAGUCUGUUGAUUCCUUCCACAGCGCCUUAUCAUAUCAAAAUCAAGACUCACAGGAUCCAGAGAUACAGCAAAGUUUGACACCUACUGACCCAUCUCAUGCGCUAUCAUCAUCAUCAACAUCAUCGUCUCUACGACAACCCACACCUUUACAAGAGACAACAAAUCCGAUUGCUAAGGCUUGUCAUGAAUGUAUAAAGAAUAAGCGAAAUUGUGAUGGAAAGGAGCUUUGCAAUAAAUGCCUCAGCCAAUCGGGUAGUGGCGAUGGUGAAAUCACAAUGCUGCAGCUUGAUACGACGCAUGGAAUGUCACCUUCUCAAUCUGACCAGUUGGUGGCAAAGAAUACUGGAUUGAAAGAUAUCUGUGAUUAUGGUCCAUUGGAGAAAGAUUCUGGCCCAAGAGAUGGCGACGUAAAACCGACAGAUGAGCAAAUGAAACAAGUGGAGAGCUUCCUCAAACCAGAAGAUUCUAAUCAUGCACCUGUGAUACCACAUUCUGUAAUGGUAUCUGAUAGACAUAGCAAACCUUCAUUCUCAGCAGAAGAGAGCCGUCAACUAGAUACUUCAUCAGUAUCAAGACCUCUCCUGAGCUGGAGAAAUGAAAUGGCUCUUUCAGCGAUGAAGCAUUUCAACAUGACUAUCAAAGAUGCUGAGGAAUGGGCAAACAACUUGCCAAUUCCUAGCAACCUUUCGGCAAUCAUGGAGCCUACCGUUCUAGCAGACAUCUUGCCCCACCCAGAAAACGCAAAUAAGCCUCAGAAACUAUGGAAAGGCAGACUUGGAGCAGGCUGGAAAUCAUGCGCAGUGCCUCUAGGAAAUCCUGUGGAUUUUCAAGCCUCCAUGGGUUUCGCUUAUCUGAAAACAUCUACAAGUGGAAGUGACAAUGAUGAACUGUCAGAGCGCGACCACCCCAAUUGUCUUCGUCGUAGCGGUACUCAGAAACCCCAAUAUUCAAGCGAUCCACUCGUUCCCACAAAGAAACAAAAGCUCGUUUCAAUUGCCCGUUCUGACUAUAGCGGUUCGGAUGACGGCAGUACCGUUUCAAGUGACGGCAGCACCGAUUCAAGUGUUGUACCUCAGCAAAACCAAAACUUCACUGCCGUUCAAACAAAACUUGGGCUUGAAAUGAUGCAACAACACCAGAAGCUGCAGUCAUCUACUCAACAAACUCAACAAACUCAACAAAUUCAAACGCAACACCAACAACAGCAACAACUGCAAUCUCAACGACAACAGCAACAGCAGCAACAUCAGCAGCAGCAGCAGCAGCAAAUGGCUCGGCUGUCUCCCCACCGACAUCUCGAAACUACCGAUAAGAUCACCGGGGUAGAUGUUGAGCGAUGGUGUAAUGUUGAUGCGUUACCAAGCAUAGAAAUUCCGGCUAACAUGCCAUCUGGAUUCUAUGAGCUUGAGACUGGAAAUCUGUUACCCAAGCCACAGCCUCAGGAGAUUCAAAUGCAAAGCCAAGAAUCACAGGAAGCGUAUAAAAGAGAUGAACAGUCUUCUUAUCCGUCUAUAUCACCUUGUGGCAAGAGCGAACCUCGCAGACUCAUGGACUUGCCUCCAGAUUAUACUGAUGAUAUCUCGGGACAAGCUUUUAAUUCACCGAAAAGUGAUACACCGAAUAACAUGUCUACUUUCCAUUGCCAGAAUGAAGUUUCUAUCAAGGGCCUAGGUGGGUUUUGGUUCAGGGGUCUCAUAAAUGUUCAGUCGUUCAAUGCUGUCACAUGGAGUAAUUUACAACAGUACUUGAAUCGGGAGCGCGUUUACACUACCUCAGAAGCAGUCUCGAACCCGUUUGUUGCCAAUUCAAACUGGUCUGCAAGUCUCUACAAAGAAAGGAUUGCUCUACGCCUUCAGAUGCUUCCGCGUGCUGCUAGCUCUAUCCAGAAAAUAUUUGAUGUGAUAGCUGUGAUUGAAGAUACAAUCGGCCUCAAAAUUGGAGCUAUUGCAUGGGCAUGUCUUCUGGGUGCCGUCGAGAACUUGCUCUCACAUGGUCCAAACUGGACAGUCGACUCCCAAAUUAGAAUUAUCACAGAAAUGAGCGGAAUUGUUAGCAUAAUCGCUCGAUAUACCGUCAUGGAGAAUAUUUACGCUCAGUGGAAAGGAAUGAGUCUUGAUAAAGAUUACGAACAAUCUCUUAUCAAUCUAUCCACUCAUGUUUUGAUCUAUCUUGGAGCUUUUGUUCCGAGUAUCUCAGAGAGUAGCACGAAUGCCGAUAUGAAGCCCUAUUUUGAUAAAAUUAUCGAAGCCGACACGGUAUGUCGCGGGUUCACGGUUAUUGUGAGCGCCGAGAAUACUACCAUCGAUCGGAAACGCUCAUUUCAGGAAUUUUCGGAUGAUUCGGACGACACUGACGAUUCAGAAAGGACUAUCUUAGGAGUCGAUGUUAAUGAUGAAGUGAAUAACAUGCCAUCGUCAGCAAAGCGCAUUAAGUUAUAG